UUCGAGGACUUCGGGUGUCUCUAGUGGCCUCUCGGAUGGGCUCCGGCAGCGCCAGCCAUGCCUUCCGAGGGCCGCUGCUGGGACACCCUCCAGGCGCUGCGCAACUCCGACAAGGGUCGUCUGUGCUACCACCGCGACUGGCUGCAGCGGGGCGAGGAUGUUUUGGAAGAAUGCAUGUCUCUUCCCAAGCUGUCCUCUUACUCAGGAUGGGUGGUAGAUCAUGUCUUACCCCACACACAAGAGAACCCACCUGUCUCCGAGACUUCAGUCUCUUCUAGAUCUUCUUCAAGCCUGGAUCAGCCUUCCUUCAUCCCUGCAUCUCCCAGCAGAAACCCUGCCUCCUCACCUGUCUCCCCGGUGACACCUGAUAGAACCAAGGGCAAACAUGAGCCCCAGCACACAGAAUCUGCGGCGCCUCAGUCCUCGCGGGGCGCCAGAGUGGAAGGCUGCAUCCGCAUGUAUGAGCUGGUGCACAGAAUGAAAGGAGCGGAGGGCCUGCGGCAGUGGCAGGAGGAGCAGGAGAGGAAGGUGCGAGCGCUCUCGGAGAUGGCGUCGGAGCAGUUGAAGCGCUUUGACGAGCGGAAGGAACUGAAGCAGCAUAAAGAAUUCCAGGACUUACGGGAGGUGAUGGAGAAGAGCUCCAGAGAAGCCCUGGGCCACCAGGAGAAGCUAAAAGCUGAGCAUCGGCACAGAGCGAAGAUUCUCAACCUGAAGCUGCGGGAGGCAGAGCAGCAGCGCCUCAAGCAAGUGGAGCAGGAGCGGCUGCGGAAGGCCGAGGGCCAGGCCCGCCUGCGCGGCCUGUACGCGCUGCAGGAGGAGGUCCUGCACCUCAGCCAGCAGCUCAGCUCCUCCGAGCAGCACGGCGACCUGCUGAAGGUCGACCUGUCCGCCCUCCAGACCCGCGGCAACCAGCUGUGCGGCCUCAUCUCUGGGAUCAUCCGGGCCACUUCUGAGAAUGGCUGUCCCACGGCGGAAGACCAGGCCGUGGCAGAGCGGGUGCUGCAGGAGAUGCGCGACCUCCUGGCCAGCCUGCAGCAGGAGCUCGCCAGGGCCUCUGAGGAGAAGCGGAGGCGGGACGAAGAGGAGGCCCAGGCGAAGCUGCGGGCAGCACAGCUGCAGCAGCGGCCGGACGACUGCCGAGAGCCCCCGGCUCCCAGCCUGGGCCCAGGGCGAAAGCAGAGCGAAGGCCUGCAGGUGAAGGUGCAGGACAGCACGAUGCAGUGGUACCGGCAGCUGCAGGACGUGAGCAGUCAGUGCGUGCUGGCCUUCGAGGCGCUGACGAGCAGCAGAGACAGCCAGGCCAAAAAGAUAAAGAUGGACCUGCAGAAGGCAGCCACCAUCCCCGUGAGCCAGAUCUCCACCAUCGCAGGCUCGAAGCUGAAGGAGAUCUUUGACAAGAUCCACAGCCUGCUCUCCGGCAAGACCGUUCAGUCUGGAGGCCGCUCCGUGUCCGUCACACUUAACCCCCAGGGCCUGGACUUUGUCCAGUACAAACUGGCAGAGAAAUUUGUGAAACAAGGGGAGGAGGAGGUGGCCUCCCAUCAUGAAGCCGCGUUCCCCAUCGCGGUGGUGGCGUCGGGGAUCUGGGAGCUGCACCCCAGAGUGGGGGACCUCAUUCUUGCUCAUCUGCACAAGAAGUGUCCGUACUCCGUUCCUUUCUACCCGGCUUUCAAGGAGGGGACGGCCUUGGAAGACUAUCAGAGGAAGCUCGGGUACCAAGUGAAGGACUCCAAAGUGGAGCAGCAGGACAACUUCCUGAAGCGCAUGUCUGGGAUGAUUCGUCUCUACGCUGCCAUCAUUCAGCUCCGGUGGCCGUAUGGGAACCGACAGCUGGCUCACCCUCAUGGCUUAAAUCAUGGCUGGCGCUGGCUGGCACAGGUCCUGAACAUGGAGCCCCUGUCGGACGUGACGGCCACCCUGCUCUUUGACUUCUUGGAGGUGUGCGGGAAUGCCCUCAUGCAGCAGUACCAGCUCCAGUUCUGGAAGAUGAUCCUGCUCAUCAAGGAGGACUACUUCCCCAGGAUAGAAGCCAUCACAAGCUCAGGACAGAUGGGCUCCUUCAUUCGCCUCAAGCAGUUCUUGGAGAAAUGUUUGCAGCGCAAGGAGAUUCCUGUCCCCAAAGGCUUCCUGACAUCCUCCUUCUGGCGCUCCUGACGCUCCCGGCUGCCAGACCAGCUCCGCAGUGCCGCGGCAGAGCAGCAAUAAAGCAGCCGCAGGCUCCCCACUGGGGAGGAGUCGUGGAGAGCUGGAACUCCCUGAGCUGUGUUUGUGUGUCCGUCCCUUGUGACUAGGAAGGAGCUUGCGUGGGCGACAGGCUCUGGUGGCCCCUCAGUAGGUCCGUGACCCUUAGGUCUUCACUCGCAGAGCAAAGGGAGUAAUGUUCUCACGCCUGUGGGAAUUAUGGAAGAGGUGCUUGGCGCUGGGUUUCACCCUUCCUUGUCCUUCAGAAAAUAGGUGACAGAGCAGCUCGACCAGGCCCUGGCUGAGGUGCGCCCACCACUAAAUUCCCCUCACCCCACCCAAGCCCCCUGUUCAGAGGAAUCCCAGCAGGAGCAAAGGUGCGCCCUGCCAGGCCGAGCAGCCGAGGCCCAGACCCUCACCUCCAAGCCUGAGCCACAGUUUGGCCUUUCUCAGCGCGCGCAGUUGUAAAUCCAGAGCGGCUGCUGGGGGCUGGGCUGGGGCCCCGGCCCGAGGUGCCCAAUUGGUGCCCUGGGCCCACCACAGCCACUUUGGGCCAGGAAGCACCUCUUGGUCCUCCUCCUUUGGAGCUGGGUCCCGGGGCGGGGGCGCGUCAGCCAGGGCAGCGCCUUGUUUAGUUUGACCUGAGGUGGGCGGGCACCAUUAUAGGAGGUUCGCCGAGCUUCGCCUCGAAUCUGGCUAAGGAAGGCUGUGAGGGAGGGAGAGCUGCUUGCUGGAUUUUAGGUCUUCUGAGAAUGAUGGCGAUCAGUGUGCCUGGCAAGAGCCAUGCACAAACCCAGAGCUUGGUGGGGGGUAGGGGUGUGUGGGGAGAUUCCCAGAGUGGCCCCUUCCUGCUGCUCCAGGGGCUUAAAGUGACCUUUGCAUGAGUGACUGGUGCCAAAACCAAGGAAUAAAGCUUGAUUCUUAACAGCCCC